GUCGCUGGACAGAAAGCUGCUGACUUUUCACUGCAUCUUGCACCAAGAGGCACUGUGCGCUCAAACAUUUCCUCCGGAAUGCACAGAAGUAAUGGAUGUUGUCAUUCAGAUUGUCAAUAAAAUAAUGGCAAAAAGUUUAAAUCACCGUCAAUUCCGUUUGUUACUGGACGAGCUGGAAAGCGCAUAUUCUGAUCUCCUGCUGCACAACAAAGUCCGGUGGCUGUCCAAAGGGGAGGUGCUGAAACGCUUUGUCGCGUGUCUGGAAGAAGUGAAAACUUUCCUGGGCAGCAAAGGGCUCACCUUUCCUGAGCUGGAACAGCCAGAGUGGUUGGAAAAGCUACACUUCAUGGUAGACAUGACAGCGCACCUGAACACGCUGAACACAGCUCUUCAGGGGAAAGGACGUACAGCCCUACACAUGUUGGAGGAUGUUUUGGCAUUCGAGCGCAAGUUGACAGUGCUUGCCAGAGAUUUACAGAAAGGCACUUUGUCUCACUUCCCCAAUUUGAGAGAGUUCAAACAAGGUCACGACAUGAUAAUUUCGGAGUAUUUACAUUCUGCAAUCAUCGCAAUGCAAACAUCGUUUGGGAAACGCUUCUGUGAGUUCAGAGAGGAAAAAAACACAUUAUCCUUCCCGGUCACUCCCUUAAGCAUCGAUCCUUCCCUACUGAAUACGACUGCAUUGGCAGGUGUGAGUCAACCUGAUCUUGAGAUGGAACUGGCCGACAUAGCCGACAAAGACAUAUGGGUGUCCAAGUUUAGACGCUUGACAGCAGACCUUGAAGAUGUUGCCCGUCAGAAGGCCGUUCUUGCUCAGAAUCACAAAUGGAGUGAUAUUGAAAACCUUCCAAAACAGGACAAACUUGUGUUCGAAACAUGGAAUGCUAUGCCCGACAAUUAUGUAAACAUGAAAAAGUAUGCGCUUGGAGUCCUGUCGAUCUUUGGAUCCACAUAUGUAUGUGAGCAGGUGUUCUCCAACAUGAACUUUAUUAAAAACAAACAUCGCGCACGCCUCACAGAUGACAGCUUGCGAUCCUGUGUAAAGAUGAAGGUGACGUCAUACAGCCCUGAUGUGCAGACGCUGUGCGCUGAGGUCCAGGACCAGAAAUCCCAUUAACCAAGCUGACAGCUGGCUGAUGUUAUUUUUGGUUUGCUGCUGGCGGAAAAUUUAAGUUCGGCGUUUUUCAUAAAUACAAGAAGGACUCAAAUAGACAUUGAGUAUUUUACUUAAAAGUAACUUUCAACCCAACGUCUUUUUUUCGGAGUUCAAAAUGUUUUUGUUGCAUGCAGAAAUGUAAUUUCGUUUUCUCUGCAGGAGUUCAUCAAUUUCAUAAAUGCAACACAUUAUAGUUUGUUUAUACAUAGCAUAAAGGCAAAAAAAACGUUGUAUGCAGUGUUAUUUCAUUUUAAAUGUCAAACGGGUUUUGCGGCUCCCAGUGUUUUCUUUUCUGUGGGAAACGGGUCCAAGUGGCUCUUUCAGUGGUAAAGGUUGCUGACCCCUGUGUUAGGUCAAGACAGAUCAUCAGUACAUGACAGGUGCAUUUAAUGCAAACAGAAUAACCAAAACACCCAGGACUGAAUCACA